AAAGAGAGGGCACUGCAAUGAUUACCGACAUGGAGGAAAAGAAAGAGACAGCGCAGAUGACGCAGGAAACAACCCCUAAAGACAGUCGGGUUAUUGAGGGUGUACGUCGUAGUUCUCGCCGCUCCCAUGCAGAACCACAUUCUCCUAAAAAAGCAUAUGAAGUAAGGGAUCGUCGUCAAAAACGCAGUUUGGAGAGGGACCAGCAUGAAGAUGGUACACCUAUUAAGAGAGCACGUCUCCCAAGGGAACAGUCUUCAACAAGAAAACACCCCAUUGUUCUGCUGUCUCGAGAGAUACCGGAGUAUCACACAGAAACUAUGCCUACUCCAAAGAAAAAUUAUAAACUAAUCCCUGAACAGGUUACAGAACUGUCAGAAUAUGAAAUUGAAAGGUUAAACAACAUUAAGGAAAAUGCAAAGUUUCUGCAAUCAUUGAAAUUGCUUGAGACUGCCUCAAGUCUUCGUUCACCCCCAAAGAAGCAAAAUCAGACCCGUGGUAUCAAAAGGGAGAAGCAGACUAAGGUGGAACGGCAACCAAUAAUACGUAGGUCAAUGAGACUGCAGCGAAUUGACCCUUCAGGAGCACCACUUCCCAAUGUCAUACAGCCACCAGAGCCAUUACUGGAAGAGCAUCCAGUCAAGCCUCCAGGACCCUUGGAGAUGGUUCCAACCAACCUUAAAGGAGACUGUAUAUCUGUUGAGGAGUUUCUAAAAACCUGGGCAUCUACCAGUAAGGAAAGCCUUAGAAGUUUGAAGAAACAACCAAGCAAGGAUUUUAAAAGGUAUACGGCCUGUUUACAGACCAUGACCCUAAGAGAAGAAACCGUAGCAAAGGUUGUCCAGAACCGUAUAUUCUCAGUGGCCAUACAUCCAUCAGAAAGCAGAACCAUCGUGGCAGCUGGAGACAAGUGGGGACAAAUCGGACUUUGGGAUUUGGCAGACCUGUCUGGUAAUGAUGGAGUCUAUGUGUUUGAACCUCAUUCUCGACCAAUAAGCUGUAUGUCCUUCUCACCGGUUAACAGUGCGCAGCUCUUUUCGCUUAGCUAUGAUGGCACAGUUCGAUGUGGUGAUGUGUGUCGCUCAGUCUUUGAUGAGGUUUAUCGUGAUGAACAGGACAGUUUCUCCUCAUUUGACUAUCUGUCAGCUGACUGCUCAGUCUUGAUUGUUAGUCACUGGGAUUCUUACCUCUCUGUAGUGGACUGCAGAACACCAGGGACAUCCUGUGAGCAAAGAGCAUCUCUAAACAUGAGGAGUGCCCGCACUACAAGUGUUCAUCCUGUCAACAGAGACCUGUGUGUUGUAGCAGGAGCUGGAGAUGUUUGUAUUUUUGAUGUGAGGCAGUUAAAGAAGAAAGCCCAGCCUGUCUUGUCAUUAACAGGACAUAGUAAAAGUGUGGCAUCUGCAUACUUUUCUCCUGUAACUGGAAACCGCAUACUGACCACUUGUGCUGAUGACUACAUCCGGGUAUAUGAUAGCAGCAGCUUGUGCUCUGAAGCUCCUCUUCUCACUGCAUUCAGGCACAAUAAUAACACUGGCCGCUGGCUGACACGUUUCCGAGCUGUGUGGGACCCCAAGCAAGAGAGUUGCUUUGUAGUAGGGAGCAUGGCAAGACCCCGACAAAUUGAGGUUUACAACGAGAGUGGGAAGUUGGAACAUUCCUUCUGGGACUCGGAACACCUUGGCUCUGUGUGCUCCAUUAAUGCCAUGCAUCCUACUAGAAAUCUGCUGGUGGGAGGAAACUCCAGUGGGAGGCUGCAUGUGUUUCAUGACUGAUAACCAUCACCACCGUGACCUAAAGCUUUACUGUAUCUUCAUUGUGUGGACUUCCAACCUCAGUGCCUGUGAAUAUAGUUAAAUGGACUGCAAUUUAAAAAAAGCUGUAAUGGUCCAGCUAUAAGGACAAAUGCUUCAGGGAAAAAACUGUUACAAAAGUCUCUUUCUAAUAACGAAUGUAUAAUAAUUUUAUCUGCCGAACAAAUGUAAUGGUAUUAAAUACAAAAACAUGCUUUUGGCUUUGUUGUGUAAGUGUAUAUGGCAGCUCCCUUAGUUGCCUUGGAUAGAGAUUCAAAAAAUACUGAUGACAAGGAGGCAGUUUCUAUUUGUAAAUGUGGCUAAAUCCAUAUGUAUUUGUGUUUCUGAAGCUAUUAUUACAAAAUAUACAGUUAUCACAGGAAAACAUUUACUAUACUAUUCUGUGAACUGAAAUUGCAUCUCCCAUAGUUUGAAUUUUGCCAAAAGCAUAAACUGCCUAUAACCGUGUUUUUUUGCUUCUGUCUGUAUUGUCUGUCUCUCUCUCUGCAUUGUCUAUAUGUCUGCCCCUACCCCUGAAAACCCAGUAUCUUGAUGGAGAGAUCAUUCUCUCUCUUCGCACAGUGUGUCUAGCAAUGUAAUUCUAUGUCUUUUUGUUGUUGCUUAGGCUCAAACUUAGCAUCAAACAAGUUGACAAUGAGAUGGCUUUUGUUUGUUAUUAUUGGUAGAAGGAAAAUAAAUAUGGUGUUAUACACAGGA